AUGGAUUAUACAGCAUGGACAAAUCAGACGGUGGUCAAAGAAUUCAUCCUCCUGGGGUUUGAGGAUAUCCAUGAGUUUGAGAUCCUUCUCUUCCUGGUGUUUCUAGUGAUCUACAUUGUGACCAUGGCUGGGAACCUUCUGAUCCUUGCUUUAGUUGCAACUAAUCAACACCUUCACACACCCAUGUACGUCUUCCUUGGGAAUUUGUCUUGUUUAGAGACCUGCUAUAUCUCAACUAUUUUGCCCAGGAUGCUGGACAGUUUCCUAACUGGGAACCAAGCCAUACUGGUGAACUUGUGUUUCAUACAAUUAUAUUUCUUUGGGGGCUUAGCUACUGCAGAAUGCUAUCUCCUUGCUGUCAUGUCAUAUGAUCGGUAUCUAGCAAUAUGCAAGCCAUUGCAUUAUGCAAUGCUAAUGGAUAUCAGAUCUUGCCUGCAGCUCUCAAGUGGCUCUUGGGUCAUUGGGUUCCUUGUUAAUUCUUUAACCACCUAUUUCAUGACACAGCUAACAUUCUGUGGGCCAAACGUUAUUGACCAUUUCUUCUGUGAUUUCAUGCCACUUCUUCAGCUGUCUUGCAGCAAUACCCUCAAGACACAGCUACUGAUAUUUAUACUGUCUGCUCUGUUUGGAUUGCUGCCUUUUCUUUUAACCCUCAUGUCAUAUGGUCACAUCAUUAAAACCAUUCUAAAUCUGCCAUCUGCUGGAAUGAGGAAGAAGGCAUUUUCCACCUGUUCAUCACAUCUCAUUGUAGUUACACUCUUUUAUGGAACAAUAGUCUUUGUGUAUGUGCUACCAAAAAACAGCACACUUCGGGAUCUUAACAAAGCCCUCUCUAUCUUCUACACUGUCUUGAUCCCCUUAGUGAAUCCGUUUGUAUACAGCCUGAGAAAUAAAGACAUCAAACAAGCUUUGAGAAAAGCUGUCAGACCUUUUGUUGAUUAA